AUGCAAGAUAUUACUCUGCAAGAGGUUGGUGGCGACCUGGUCAUCAAUGUUCCCAAUGAGUCAACUGUUAUCGGACGUGGGCAGUUUCUUCAGGUGACUGAUAAAAGAGUAUCCAGAAGCCAUGCUUUGCUCGAAGUUUCUGAUGGGAAGUUAUAUAUUACUCCGACCCACACUAAUCCGUGCUUCCUGCGCACACAGAACUCCAAGGAGCAGCGGGCACUCGCACGUGAUGUCAAGCAGCAUUUAGACCACGGUGAUGAAUUUGGGUUAUUGCCUGACCAGUUUUUUUAUAAAGUUUCCUACCCUCAGUUGAACGGAAAAGAAAGGAACUACAAUUUAACAGGUGGUCUUAAUGUGUUGUUUUCUUCAGAAGCCACUGAAGAUUUGGAAAAAUCUAGAAAAUCUAGCACUAGCUCUUUAAAUAAUGAGGAAGAAAAGGAUGAAAAAGAACGCAGUUCAGAGGAUGAAAGCAAAGAGGAUAAUGAACCUGAGAAGGUCACAGUCGAAGGUCAGGGCGAUAUGACACUGCCACUGAAGAAAAAACGUGCUUUGCCAGAUUGGAUGGAGAAAGUGGCAGAAUCACCAACAAAGGCGAAGCCACCAGCAAAAAAACAAAAAGCCGCUCCGGUCACCAAAAAACCAGGUACUAAAUUGAUCAAGCCUGUCAGUGAUGAUGACAACAUAAGUGAAGAAGAAGAAGAGGAAGAAGAACAAACCUCUGGGAAACCAAGUAAGGGACAUAAAGCUAAAGAUAGUGAUGAAGAAUUGGAAGAAGAAAAAUCAGAUGAUGAUUAUGUGCCAGAAAAAACUUUGAAGAAGAAAGGAGGAAAGGCUCAGAAGAAAAAGAGAACAAGUGACAGCGAAGAUGAUAUCAGUGAGGAUGACGACGACGACGAUUAUUCUCCGAAAAAGUCCAAAUCUAAAGCUUCUAAGAAAACUCCAAAAGGAAAAGGAAGUGCUCGGGCUAAGAAAACACCAGUCAGGGCUCCAAGAAGUACUCCACAGAGAAGUCGGGCCAGGAAGAAAGGCAGCGAUCUUGAUGAAGAUGAUGAUAAUGAGGAGGCAUUGCCACGGAGAAGAGGACGUGCACAGGAAGAGGAGGAGUCUUCAUUAAGAAGACCACAAAGGGCAGCAAGACAGAAACGAGGAAGUUAUGUUGAUGACCCGAUGAUAGAGGAAGCUCUGGAAGACUUUGCAUCGGAUAAUGAUAAUGAAGGCAAUGAAGAUAAAGACAGUGACUUCAUGGUGGAGGGAGAAGAAGAAUCUGGGAGUGACUGGGAGAAGUCAGCAAGCAGCUCACAAAAACAAAAGACCUCCAAAGGCAAAAACAAAGGGCCACCCAAAGGUCCUACUAAAAGAGUAGCAGCAAGCAAGAAGAAAAAGCCCAGGCGAGCAAGCAAAGCAAAAGACAAUUCAGAUGAAGAUGAUGAUGAAAUGGAAGAUGAUGAACCUUAUGUACCACGACCAUCUAAGCGUAGAGGUGGAACUGUGUCUCAUGAAUCAGAUGAGAGCGAUGAAGGGGGGAACAAGAAGAAAAGGAGGAGAGAGCCUUGUCAGUAUGGAAAAAAAUGCUACAGAAAAAACCCAGUCCAUUUUAGAACAUUUUGCCAUCCUGGGGAUUCGAGUUACGAUGAGGAGGACAAAGAUGCUGGAAGUCCCAAGGAAGUCAGCAGGAAGGAGAAAGAAUCUCGAACAGGUUCAGAAAAGCCCAGUAGACCACAGCGGAGCACAGCAGGCACCCGGCUAGUCACACACGGCACAGAGGAUGGCACGGCUGAUGACAAUGAGGAGGGCAUUCAGCGCACAGACGAGUCAGGGGCGGAUGACUCCGACUAUGUCAUAGAACCAGAAGUGCAGGAUCGUGCCAAAGAUGUCAAAAAAGUUCAGAAGAAUAAAAAGUUGGCUAAACCAGUUGAAUCGGAGUGA